UAUUUUAAUACUGGUAAACAUUGCUUCAAACCAGAAUAUUAAAUGUAAAAGAUAAUAUUAAUCCUUCCAAUUCUUUUUUCCCCCCUAUAAGAUAUAUAUCCUUAUAAUCUCUAAUGAUAGAUGUCAUUACAACACCAAAAUUUAAACCAAAGUUGGCAUCUUUUGUUGCUCACUACAUUCCAAAACCUCCAUCAGAGUACAAACUUCAUUUUUUUUUUUAAUUACACUUAUUGAAAUGGAGAAUUCACUUAAGUGCACUUCUUCUUCUUCUUCUUCUUCUUCUGCUUCUAAGAUCCUCCCAAACCCAACAUGCAAAAAUCCUUUUUGCUUCUUUUGCGCCGUGAAUGAACCAAACCCAUCUCUCAGAAGAUCCAAAAUUACCAAAUUUUUCAAAGAAAUGCCUCUAAGAGAUGACCAAGAACAUGUCUUGGUCUUAAGUGGGUUAUGGAACAUCGCCAUGACUCAACCAAACGACCCUGAAUUCCCAUCUCUAGGCAUCCUUGAAUGCAUGGGGAAACUUAUAAACAAAGGCAUCAAAGAUAAAGAAUGGCUUCUUAGAGACCAAAACGUUUAUAUUCCUUACUACGCAGCUCAUAUAAUUGGUUCUUAUACCAUGAACAAGAUUGAAUUUGCAGAGAAAGCAAUUAAUUCAGGUGUAGUUUUGCCUCUAAUGCAACUUCUUAGGGGGAAAAUCACAUGGGUAGAGCAAAGAGUUGCAGUUCGAGCACUAGGUCACUUGGCUAGCCAUGAAAGAGCAUUCGAAGCUAUUGCUAAUGAGUUUGAAGUGGAGAUUGUUGAAUUAGCUAUAGAAUUAGCCAGUAAUUGCUCAAAGACAAUCUAUAAAAAGUUUCUUGGUGUAAAAGAUAGAAAAAGAUUGAAAUAUCAUUGCGACUUGCUCACAAGAGGUAUUGGAGGGGAAGAGAGAGAAAACAGAAAGGCAGAAGAAUGGGCAAAUCAGUUACAAUGUUGGUCUCUUUAUCUCUUAAAUUGCUUUGCAUGUAAAGAAAGGUCAGUUAGUAUUAUAUGCAAGAAACAACAGUUCUUGAAAGAUUUGUGUGGCUUGUGGGGUGGAUUAGGCAACAGAAAAUCACCUGGUGGGGUUGGACUUAUAAGAAGUUUAUGCAAUACAACAAUUGGUAGAGAAAGUAUAGCAAAUAUAGAAGAAGUGAUAGUGGGUCUAUGCAACAAAUCAAGAACUUGUGAUUAUUGGCGAUAUAUGGCUAUUGAUUCUCUACUCUUAUUGCUUAAAGAUACAAAUACAAGAUAUAAAGUUAUAGAAAUUGCAGCUUCGUUUCUUGCUGACUUGGUUGAGCUAAAAAGCUUAAAAGAAAAAGACAAAAUUGGAGAAACAAUUACACAAACAUUAUUGCAAGAUUAUUACAAAAUCAAAUAUGGAGGCUUGAAAUUGAAGAACCAAAUUGCAGAGGACGCAUUGAAGGAAAUAUGGGAGUUAAAGGUGGAGAGAAGAAAGAAAGAAGAGAUAAUUUCCAAUAAAGAAAUGAAAGAAAGGAAAAACUUGGCUCAGAUUUUUAAAAGAAAAGGAAAUAAGAAGUUUUGGUCUGGCUUUGUUGAAAAAGCUGUGGUUAAAUAUACAAAAGCUUUGGAUUUAUGCCCAUUAAAGAUGAGAAAAGAAAGGAUAGUUCUUUAUAGUAAUAGAGCUCAGUGCUAUUUGUUACUUAAAAUUCCAGAAGCUGCCAUUAGAGAUACAACCAGAGCUUUGAGCCUAUGUGAUGGCAAGAGUCUUCAUAGAAAGAGUUUGUGGAGAAGAUCACAGGCCUAUGACAUGAAAGGGAUGGCUAAGGAAAGCUUGAUGGAUUGUUUAAUGUUCAUCAAUGUGAAUGUCAAAAUCCCAUACUACGCAGCUCGCAUGAUCAACAAACAAAUGAAUGCCACGUGGAUUUUUGCAGAAGCCAAGUCAAAGAGGAAAGCUGAAAAAAGAGCAGACAAAUCCAAUGGGGAGGAUAAGGUGAAGAUGAUGAUGAAGAUCAAAGAGAAGAAAGGACUGCCCACUGUACAAGAAGAAUCGCUGGGCGAAAGGGAGAGAAGCAAACAGCAAGGUACGGCAAAACGGAGAAGAGAAGCUGCAGGACUCACUGCUGCUUUGGCACGUGUGAGAAUUGUUUGAUAGAUGUGGUCAAAGAGUUGUGCAAUUUCAGGAGUCAGGAGAGCAAAAUCAUGAAAUAGGGCCACUGUACUCUGUCUAAUUAUUAUUAUUCUCUCAAAAUAUUAAAUUCCACUACUCAUUAGAGGUGAAGUAUUAGCAUAAACUCAUUAAAUGUAAUUAAUUAAAGAAAUUGUCGGUGAACUAAUAUAUCGUGUCCUUAGUAUUUAUGA